AUGGCCAGUGCAAGGCUUGGUCGAACCAACUUUGCAAAGUGCAUCGUUCCAACCGAUCCGCCUAUCCUGCAGCACUUCAAGCAGCUGAGCAAUCUACGCCCCAUGAAUGUCCUUGCCAAGAGUUCGGCCAGUGAUGCUAGUGGUUUCCAGCUCAACCAGGCCGUGAUCAUUCGGAAGGGGCGUUCCACCUUCCAAACGGUCACAAAGGACUAUAAGGAGAAGAUCGAAGCCGCCAUGAAUCAGUUCAAGACAAAUUUGUCGGAGUCGGAGAUGAGACAUUAUGCAGUGUAUGCUUACGGUGGCAUGUUGGUGGUUAGCGCCGACAUUUCUGAGAUGGCCGGAUUCUUCGGAGUGAAUAGCAUUCCCAACUUGCUGGAUUCUCUGAAGACGAUGGAAAUUCAGAAUAUCCCUGACGCCUUAUCACUUCCGUCGCUAUCAGCGGGCUACAUGAAAGUGGGCGACAUGCUGGCCCUACCGAUGGGAACACUUGCCAUCACGAAGGUGAUGAGUAAGCCCAUCAUGGAGUACACCCUUGCAGCGAUGCCGAAAGUUCAAUCGUUCCAGAGCGCUGUCCCCGACGGGGCCGUUGCUGACGAUGAACAAGAUGAGUUUGAGAAGGAACUACUCGAGGAGCUGGAGGAGCACAAAGCCUUGGAGCAGGCUCGCAACAACUGGGUGAGUGCCACCGCCUGGAUUUUGGGAACCAACACCGAUAGCAACCCCAGUUCCGGCUACACAGUAGCUGAGCUCGAGCAAGCACUCACGGACUUGGAGAUCACUGAGGAGUCGGUGCAUCGCAUCUUACGCGUUUUGUUCCCCUCGAAUCCCUCCUCCAUGGCACGAGUGGGCAGCAGCUAUAGACGGCAGCGGGGCAACAAGGUCUUGGCCUUUCAAAACUCAGCCUUUUCGCAGAGUGUCCCAUUGCUGCCUUCCAUUGGGUCGGAGGAGAAGCCGUCCUUGCGACGGAGUAUCAGUAGCUCGAUCAAGCCGUUGAAGAUUGGCAUUGAGCCAAAAGCGGAGAAGGUGAAGAAGAUGGGGGAUUUGCUGAAGCGGGAGCUGACCAUGAGAAGCGCUGAGACAUCCAGCGAGGCACACAACGGACCACGCCGCCAGCCGCUCUACACCACGCCCAACGCGGCGGGCAGCAAGAGCAUGGCCAAAGAUACGCUGAGCUCCUCGAAGUUGGAGUCCAGCUUGGCGGGUGAGGUCUGGGAUAGCCACGAGGAGAAGAGCGACAAGCCCCGGGUCUUCCACAGGAUGCGGAAUGCGGCCUUCUUGGUGAGCAAAAUCGGAGAGAUCACCGCAGAAAUCUCCAAGGAGACCGCGCAAAUCCGAAAGCAGCACCUCAAACAGUCCACUGCACCAGUCCCAGAUGAUUGCAACUUCUCCCUGCGAAAAUUCCGGAAGAGGCUGUUGGGCAAGCACCAAUGCCUGGCGGAUGCCUUCCGGGUUCUGGAUUUGAAUGUGAAUGAGAAGAUCGGCCCCCAGGAGUGGGGUGCCAUGUUCCGCGGCUCUGGCUUGGCAACGUUUCGAGAGGCUCGGAUGAGCUUUGAGCUCUUAGACCUGAACCGUGAUGGCAGUGUGACCCUCGCUGAGUUCCAGGCGGCGUUGGAAGGAGUAGCGGAGAUUCAAGGUAUCGAUGGACUGAGGAAACGCCUGGUGUCCUUUGGAUACUCCAAGACCAUGCAGGUCCUGGAGGUCAUCGAAGCCAGUGGCGUGGAUCCUUCACGGCUUUUGAGCUUGGAGUCCUCAGAUUCGUUUUUAGGCCGGAUCCAUGUGGUGGAGCCCUCCGAGCAUCAAGUGAUCUUCGACAAUGUGAGAGACCGAGGAGAUCCACAGAGCAAGGCGUCGAUCAAUGAGCUCAUGUCCGCGCUCGGCAGCGUGGGCCCUUGGAUGCUCCUGGAAGACCUGGCGGAUCGAGCCCGUCAGAAGUGGGGCUCCGUUGAGGCCACAUGGGCAGGCCUUGGACCUGCCUCUGGGGAGACGAUCAGCCUGCAGGUCUUUGAGAAGAAGCUGGAAAAGCUGGGAUUGAACCCCACCGCAGCCCAGAAGGCCAGCCGUAUUCUGGAUGUAGACGCUGGUGGCGAGUUGUCGCGAUCAGAGCUGCUCUCCGCGAUGGCGCUCUCUCGGCCGACGCUGCACAUGGAGGACUUCAGAAGAAAGGUACAACAGCGCUACAGGAGCAUAGAGGCCAUUUUCAGGGAGUCCUUUGAGCAUAUGGAGGAUGAGGAGCUCAACAAUGAUGAUGACAUGCGGUUAAGUUGUGACGAGUUUUCUGAGAUCUUGGAAGCCUUGGACUUCAGCAGGCGCGAGACGAGCUAUCUCUUCUGGUUGGCUGAUGCCAACGGCGCCCAGCGGCUGACGCUCUAUGAGUCGGGUCGAACUGGUAGUGUUCUUUUCUGCGGCAGACACAGGUUCUUGCGUCCACUGAGGUUCUUCCGAGGUGUGAAACUUUUUGUUCCCAGUUGCAUGGUGGAAGGGCUGCGACUUCAGGCCCUAGCUCGCCAUGCGCGGAUCUCCGAUCUCUUCCGGGGCUGCGGUGUCUCAUGGGAGAAGAGGUUGAGCUUCAAGGAGCCACGGGAUGCCUUCGAUUUCUUGGACGUGCGCAGUUGCGGCACGAUCUCCUUGAGGGAAGUAGUGGCGACACUACAAAAUGUGAUGCCCGGAACAAAGGAACGCUCCAGCCUUUGGGAGUGCGACCGAAAGGCGGAGAAGGACGUGCGCGCAUAUCUGGCACCACUCCAUCGGACGGUGACGCAACUGAAGACCACCAUGAAACAGGACAUCGAAAGGGAGAAAUCAAUUGAGCUAUCCGAGGCGAACAAAUCAUUGAGGGACAAGAUUUCAGAAGCAGAAGCAUCCUCUUCAUCUCAUCUUGCUUUGGCCAAGACAGAGCUGGGAUUUGCUUUGGCGCAGGAAACCUUUCAAAGGAUCAGCGGCGACACAUCACCGGAGGCGCAUCAAAGAUCGAUGCCCAGCGCCACCGAUUUCUGUGGACAACGCACAGUGGAUGGGCUUUGUGGCUACUUCCGGUCGAGCAGCGAUGUGAUGGAGGUCCAUGGGAAGUUGCUCUCGCAUCAUUACAGCAGGACCUCCAUUCCUGAUGGGUGA